AUGGCCUUCCGACUUCCAUCCUCUGUUUCCGGGCUUGCUCAGACGGUCACUCAAGUCGUUACAGGGAGGGGUGGAGAUGCUCGGUAUUUCCACUCAAGCAAGAAAGGGGAGAUACAUGAAUUGAAGGAGGAGCUUCACUCGGCGAAUAAAGAAAAAAAGAAAGAGGCCGUCAAGAAAGUGAUUGCCGCUAUGACAAUUGGGAAGGAUGUUUCAGGCUUGUUUCCAGAUGUUGUCAAUUGUAUGCAGACAACGAAUAUUGAAUUGAAGAAGCUUGUUUAUCUUUACGUUAUCAACUACGCGAAAGUUCAACCGGAGCUCGCGAUCUUGGCCAUAAACACAUUCAGAAAGGACAGCAUGGAUACCAACCCACUGAUCCGUGCUUUAGCGGUUCGCACAAUGGGUUGCAUUCGACUCGAACAAGUUGUUGAGUAUCUUGUCGAACCGUUAAGAAAAGCUUGCAAGGAUCCUGAUCCUUAUGUCCGCAAAACUGCGGCGACUUGCAUUUGUAAACUGUAUGAGACGUCUCCUGAGACCGUCGAAGAUCAAGGAUUUCUAGACAUUUUGAAUGAUAUGCUCUCGGACACAAAUCCAACGGUCGUCGCUAACGCUGUAGCGUCCCUCGCUGAAAUCUCUCAGGCUUCUGGAAAGGAUCAUUUGGGACUGAACGAAGAGACAGUUUCGCGACUAUUAACGGCAUUGGGAGAAUGCUCUGAAUGGGGCCAGGUUUUUAUUCUCGACGCCCUCACCUCUUACAAUCCGUCAAACUCUACUGUGGCAGCCUCAGUCCUUGAGCGAGUUACCGCAAGGCUGAGCCACGCGAAUGCAGCGGUUGUUCUCUCAACAAUCCGUUUGAUUCUCCGAAUGCUUGAUGUGGUUGAUGAUGCGCAAUUGGUUCGUGUAACACACAAGAAGCUCGGACCUCCUUUGGUCACCCUUCUUUCUGCUGAAAGUGAAGUUCAAUAUGUUGCUUUGCGUAACAUUUCAUUAAUUGUUCAAAAAUAUCCAGGAAUCCUAUCGAACGAGGUGAAGAUGUUCUUUUGCAAAUACAACGACCCACAUUACGUUAAAAUGGAGAAGCUCGAAAUUCUGAUUCGAUUAGUCAAUGAAAAAAAUAUCGAUCAGGUGUUGAUGGAAUUGAAGGAAUAUGCAACAGAAGUGGAUGUUGAAUUCGUGAGACGAACAAUUCGAGCGAUCGGAAGAUGCGCAAUAAAGCUGGAGAAGGCGGCAGAAAAAUGCAUUGCGGUCUUGCUGAACUUGAUAGAAACGCGGGUGAAUUACGUCGUGCAAGAAACCAUUGUCGUCAUUAAAGACAUUUUCCGAAAAUAUCCGAAUCGGUAUGAAAGCGUUAUUUCAAAAUUGUGCGAAAAUUUGGAGUCGCUGGAUGAAUCGGAAGCAAAAGCUUCGAUGAUUUGGAUAAUCGGUGAAUAUGCCGAACGCAUCGACAAUGCUGAUGAACUUCUGGAAUCGUUUGUUGAAGGAUUUCUUGACGAAUCCGUCGCAGUGAAGCAACAGAUUUUAACAGCAACAGUGAAAUUAUUCCUCAAUCCAAGUCGUGCCCAAGAUUUAGUGACAUCUGUAUUAAAAUUAGCAACAGAAUCCUCUGAUGACCCAGAUCUUCGGGAUCGAGGGUUCAUCUAUUGGCGAUUGCUCUCCACCGAUCCCGAAGCAACGAAGCGCGUCGUUCUGUCGGACAAACCAAUUAUCACUGACGACUCAUUUUCUCUCGAUCCUGAGGUGCUUGAUAGAUUGGUGGAUAACAUUUCGACCCUCGCUUCUGUGUUCCAUCGGGUACCUGAAUCGUUCGUUACAACGCCUGCGCGCUACGAAGGACUAUCGGAUGAAAGUUGCGCCUCUGAUGAAGAAGGGCAUGCAGAUACCAAAGACAUCCGAGAUGCCAUGCGUAAUGCGACCAAUUAUGAAAGUGGAGGAGAGGAAGAGUCCGGAGAAUCCUCUUCUUCGAGUCCUGAUGAUCUUCUUGAUUUGGACGAAGACUCGGACGAUGAAAGUUCGGAGGAGAAGGAGGAUCGACCACGGAGUCGUUCAGUCCCACCUCCAUCUGAAUGGGCAAUCCUUCUUUCUCCUGAAGCAGUUGGGACAGGAGGACGAAAAGGAGUGUCACAGACUCAUGGUCCAGCAUCAAUCUUGAAAGGAGACCUCGACCAUGACGCGAAGAAGGCUCCCCAGUCAUAUUUUAAUGAGUUUGCCUUUGGUUGUUCCGUUUUCUCCGGAUCAGUUGUCGGUCCAAUUGAAUGCUUCUGA